AGAGGAAUGGCUGCGGCAAACAACGGAUCAAACACAACUAGGACCUUUACAAAUCAGUUCGUACAACCGGCUUGGCGCAUCGUGCUAUGGUCGGUCGCGUACAGCCUUGUGCUCGCGGUAGCGGUUUUUGGGAACCUGAUAGUGAUUUGGAUCGUAUUAGCGCACAAAAGGAUGCGAACCGUGACAAACUACUUUUUACUCAACUUGGCUUUCUCUGACGCCUUAAUGGCCGCGUUCAACACGUUGAUUAAUUUCAUAUACGCUGCUCACGGCAAUUGGUACUUUGGAGAAUCAUACUGCAAGUUCCACAACUUUUUCCCUGUCACAGCAGUGUUUUCAAGCAUCUAUUCAAUGUGCGCAAUCGCAGUAGACAGGUACAUGGCCAUCAUCCACCCGCUGAAACCACGGCUGUCAGCCACAGCUACCAAGGUGGUGAUUGUGUGUAUCUGGGCGCUGGCCGUGGUGCUGGCCUUCCCCCUCUGCUUCAACUCCACCAUCCGUAUCCUUCCCCGCCGGACCAUAUGCUACGUGGCCUGGCCCCGGCCCUCGGAUGACUCCUUCAUGUAUCAUAUCAUUGUGACGGUGCUGGUGUAUGUGCUUCCCCUAGUGGUGAUGGGUAUCACCUACACCAUUGUGGGGGUGACGCUGUGGGGAGGAGAGAUCCCAGGGGAAGCAUCAGACAACUACCACAGCCAGCUCACAGCCAAGAGGAAGGUGGUGAAGAUGAUGAUCAUUGUGGUGGUGACUUUCACUCUCUGCUGGCUGCCGUACCAUGUCUACUUCAUCGCGACGGGCCUCAACAAGGCUCUGAUAAGGUGGAAGUCCAUCCAGCAGGUCUACCUGUCAGUGCUGUGGCUGGCCAUGAGCUCCACCAUGUACAACCCCAUUAUCUACUGCUGCCUCAACAGCAGGUUCCGGGCGGGCUUCAAGCGGGUAUUCUAUUGGUGCCCGUUCGUCCGGGUAUCCAGCUAUGACGAGCUGGAGCUGCGCAACAACACCACCCGCCACCAAUCCGGUCACCAGGGCAGCAUGUGCACCCUCUCCCGCGUGAACACCAGGACCAACAUUCCCAACCAUCGCCACCACAGCUUCAAAAAGGCCGUCUCCAGCAGCCAUGGCAAUGCCAGUGUUAACGGAGAUAAUAAUGGUACCCAUGGCAACCAACCGGCGGUAGCCAAGUCCAACCUUUGCAGUGACCCCGAUGAUGUGGCCGACGAUCAGUUCUCGUGA